CAUUUGGAUGCUCAGGGUCCAUGGAGAGAUGGAGGCGGGUCAGUGUGGUGGCCCUGCUGCUCCUGCUGCUCUCCGCUUGUCAUGGCAAAGAGCUCUCUGUGGAGAAUCACGAUCAGAGUCUUGUUUAUGAUCAUACUCUUGCUAAGACCCUUGUGGAAUAUGCUUCAGCUGUAUAUAUGACAGAUUUAACAGCUCUGUAUACAUGGACAUGCUCAAGAUGCAAUGACUUUACUCAAGACUUCGAGAUGAGAUCUCUAAUUGUUGAUGUGGAGAAUUGCUUGCAGGCAUUCGUUGGCAUAGAUCAUAAUCUGAAUGCAAUAAUAGUUGCAAUAAGAGGGACUCAAGAGAACAGUGUACAGAAUUGGAUCGAGGACUUGAUAUGGAAGCAACUUGACCUGAGCUAUCCAAACAUGCCAAAUGCAAAGGUGCACAGUGGAUUUUUCUCCUCCUAUAAUAAUACAAUUUUACGUGUUGCUAUCACAAGUGCUGUUCGCAACGCAAGAAACACAUAUGGGGAUAUCAACGUCAUAGUUACAGGGCACUCGAUGGGAGGAGCGAUGGCUGCCUUUUGUGCGCUUGAUCUUUCUAUCAGUCUUGGAAGCAAAAAGGUUCAACUCAUGACUUUUGGACAGCCUCGUGUUGGCAAUGCUGUUUUUGCCUCCUACUUUUCUGAAUAUGUACCGAACACAAUUCGACUGGUACACGCACAUGAUAUUGUGCCACAUUUGCCACCGUAUUUCUCAUUUCUUUCCAAACUGACGUACCACCAUUUCCCAAGAGAGGUCUGGAUCAACGACUCUGAAGACAACACAACCGAACAGAUAUGUGAUUCCAGCGGGGAAGACCCAAACUGCUGCAGGUGCCUUUCCAUAUUGAGUCUGAGCAUCCAGGACCAUUUCACAUACCUGGGAGUCGAUAUGGAAGCAGACGACUGGAGCACCUGCAGAAUCAUCAGAGCACAAAGUGUCGAGCAAUUACGAAAGGAUCUUGCCAGCAACAUUAUCAUGGCAAAGCACAAUGUUGAUGUCUCGAUUGUCGAGAAUGGUGUGCAGACAGACUGGAGCAGUUCUAGAUAGCCUACAACAUUCUGUAAACACCAGUUUAGAGUAAAAGAUGGCGCCUUGUUUUCUCUUGAAGACGGAUGCUUCAGCUGGGGAACCCCAUUCAGAUUGGGGUGUACAUUGAUUAUUCUUUCAUAGCCUGUGAAUAUGUAGAAAUGUAGAUACGAAUUAUAGGCUCUUAGACCUUGAUUCCCAUCAGAUGCACGAAAGAUCGUCAAUGUGUGAAUCUUGUGAAAUACAAUACCAUGGAGAUAUCUUACCACUAGCAAAAACUACUUUUAUGCAGCUUAUAUGUGGCCUUACAUACAACCAAUGAAGGGGCGACAUGAUUUGGCUA